CGGACACCCGCGCGCGGGGGCCUGAGCGGCGGCGCCUGCGCAGUGCGGCCCGCGGGGGCAGCAUGGACGACGAGGAGGAGACGUACCGCCUGUGGAAGAUCCGCAAGACCAUCAUGCAGCUCUGCCACGACCGCGGCUACCUGGUGACGCAGGACGAGCUGGACCAGACGCUGGACGAGUUCAAGGGGCAGUACGGCGACAAGCCCAGCGAGGGGAGGCCGAGGCGCGCCGACCUCACGGUGCUGGUGGCUCACAACGACGACCCCACCGAUCAGAUGUUCGUCUUCUUCCCCGAGGAGCCCAAGGUGGGGAUCAAGACCAUCAAGCUGUACUGCCAGAGGAUGCAGGAGGAGAACAUCACCAGAGCCCUCAUCGUGGUGCAGCAGGGCAUGACGCCGUCCGCGAAGCAGUCCCUGGUAGACAUGGCUCCCAAGUACAUCUUGGAGCAGUUCCUCCAGCAAGAGCUGCUGAUUAACAUCACUGAACAUGAGCUGGUUCCAGAGCACGUGGUCAUGACAAAGGAAGAAGUCACUGAGCUGCUAGCCAGAUAUAAGCUGAGAGAGAACCAGCUGCCAAGGAUACAGGCUGGAGAUCCCGUGGCCAGAUACUUUGGGAUAAAGCGAGGGCAGGUGGUCAAGAUCAUACGGCCUAGUGAGACAGCAGGUCGAUACAUCACCUACCGACUGGUGCAGUAGUGUGCAGGGCGUCAGGUUUGGAAGAAGAAUCCAGUGGUAUCCAGCGAACACCUUCUCCGGCGCCGCUUUACAGAUGUUUGGGCUUGUCUGUCCCUCUUACAUACAGGUCCUUGAACUUGUCAAAAUACACACGCAAGAGUUCCCUGGUGGAAAUCUGGGCUUUUAGCUCUUCCCUUGCUCUCGUCUGUUGACUGUCCUGGAAGCUGCCUGGUUGGAUCGAAGCUCAGACAACCAGGACCAUGCCAUGGUCUAUUUAAUUUAGUAGGAUUUUAAUAAAGGCUCUCACUGUG